AUGAAUAUUUAUAUGCACGGCCUGCGCAUGGGCAAGGGAUGGCGACCUUUUCAUUCUAUCGUGCGGUCGUCGGAGAUCCAUGACUCCUCUCGCUUCAGCAUCGAGCAGUUUGUGACAAUUCACAUAACGAGAAAUCAGCCAAGUUCUGACAAAUGGACAGUCGCCAUAUGGUCAGACGCUGGGGCAGAUUUGAGCUACAGUCCAGCUGUACCCUGGCUUGGUCCUACAAAAAAUGCUCACUUUCGCCCAGUAAUUCUCCACGGACCAGGACCUGAGGUUAUGGCAGCAAAGGAGACUGCAUUUUCACCUUCAGGAAUCUCGGGUGGGCUUCCACAGAGCCUGUCAUUGCUGCGCAGUGCAUACGGAGCGAGUCUCGAUCCCGUAGAGAUGUGCCAAAAUCCGAUCUAUGCUCUUGAUGAACUUUUCCGAUUUCAUUCAGCGUCAGAGAAGCAAUACCUAGACAUGAUAGCUUCCGUUCUUGAGACCAGUAUUGCAGAAGACUACCGUACCAAUCCCGAAGGACUAUCAAAUACUCGCACAAUUCUGCUUCACUCGCACAGAAUGCUGCAGCGCCGACAAAGUCACAUCGCUGAGAUGCUCAACUUUCUCCGUUUCCCUGCUAUCACCGAUGCAGCCGAUGCUUCACCACGCGCCAAAUCGGCUGUUCGCUCUCUCUGUGUGGACCUGGAAUAUCUACAGCACAAUAACCGGGAGCUCAUGUCGAGAUGUAGGCAUGAACUAGAUAUCAUGACGAACGAAGCCAUGUUCGAGGACGCUCGGCGGGGUAUUGUGCUCAGCAGAAAUAGCCAGAAGUUUGCUGCCUUUGCCGCCUUUUACGUUCCGUUUUCUUUUACGUGCAGUAUUUUUGGGAUGAAUUUCGUGCAAGUAGACAGCAUUGGCAAAGGGUUUGAGCUGUGGAUAGCGGUCGUGGUACUAACUUCGUCUCGUGAAAGUUUGUUGGCCCGUGAUCUCUCGCGACACGUCUUUGCAUUGGAUCUGCGAAAUCAUGGAGACUCGGCUCACCAUCCCAUACACAACUAUAUGCAAAUGGCCUACGACGUUGAAGCUUUUAUCAAGACGCACGGAUUAAAAAACGUGUCGCUAAUAGGUCAUUCCAUGGGCGCCAAAACAGCCCUAACACUAUCCCUCCGCGCCCCAGACCUAAUCUCCAAUGUCGUCGCAGUCGACAACUGUCCUGUACAACUACCCAUUCCAGCUGACUUUGAGAAAUACAUCGAUGCGCUUGCAGAAGUAGCCAAAGCCAGGAUCAGAACCCAUUCGGAGGGUGAGCGGAUCCUCGCUCAAUAUGAAGAGUCCGCCGCAGUACGGUUAUGGCUUCUAAGUAACUUCGUCAAAGAUCGGCAGCACGCUCCAUAUCUAAAGCUUCGGCUACCGCUAGAUACCCUGAGAAACGCCCUUGAUGCGCUCGGGGACUUUCCCUACCCAUCACCACCAUCAGAGUCGGGGUCAGAGUCAGAGGCUGUGAAGUUCUCCAAACCAGCGUUGUUCCUUCGCUCAUAUAAAAGCCAUUAUAUACCCGAUGAUGCUUUGCCGCUCAUAAGAUCAUUUUUUCCGCAGUCCAGGGUUGUGGAUUUUGAUUGUGGCCAUUGGAUUGUUCAGGAUCGGCCGGAGGAGUUUAGACGUGUUGUGGUGGAUUUCCUGCGGGAUGGAAGAUAG